UCUCUUCUAGGGCAUCCUCUCCCUGAACCUCCUGUGGGCAGCCAGCUUGCUUUACACAGGAUAUCUAGCUCUUCUUGAAGACAUACAAAUAGGUCCUGAACUAUUCUUCAUUGAAUUCUCUCACCAUUCAGAUCUUGUACAUCUCUAAGCUGUGGAGGGCACUUUUUCCUCCAUAGGGUUGAUCUUUAGGCUCCAUCAUUGGCAGUUCACUCACACAUGCUUGUGAGGUGGGCCUCUGUGUAAUUAUGUUCUUGUGAUGGACUUUUUUUUCAGUUGUUUUGGUACUCUUUACAUGCAAAGUUUUCUGGCCUUUCAGGAUGCCAUUACAUUUUGCUUACUGCAUUCUGAUGCAGGCUUUGAGUGUCAAAAGAAACUUCCCAGCAUAGUUCACAGGUUCUUUUCUCCUGGAUCUGCCUGCAUAGAUUUCCUGUCAAAUCAGUAGCUGUCUCUUUCAUCUCAAGUGAGGGUAUUGGAAUUCCAGGUGGUCUCCUCAGGGCCACAACCUCUAAAAAUACAUUUUGACCUAAUAGAUAAUGUAUUUCUACAUCAUGGGCCCUGGUAGCUCAUGAUUACCACCACCUUUCUCAUCUAUUGUGUUCCAGUUUCCAUCUGGGAUUUGGAGCCUUCUAGGAGUCUCAGAUGAGGUGGACCAUAACAAGUGAAUAUCACCUAGCCAUCAGAGGUGAAAGUCUUUAUUAUUGAGCACACAGUGGAAGUAUGGACCUUAGUGGGGCUCAGAAAGUUGAGCCACUGUAACAUAUGACUAGUGUCAUUCCCCAAGGCCCCUGACACAAGUGUAUCUUUUAUUAUGGUUAAACUUCAGUUAUUUUUCCUGCAUCUUUCUCUGUCCUUUUCAGAUGAGUUCUCCCCACCAAUGAAAGUGGGUAAUUUUAAUGGUGAAACUCAGCCAAAUGAGCAGUCAAUAAAGGCCAGUAUUGAGGCAGUAGUGAGUAGAGCUCGAGAAGAAGCAACAGAAAAAAAGGAUGAUUCUGAUGAAUCUGCAUCAUCCAGCUCCAAUACCAGUUCUUCUGACAGUGACUCUUCUGGAAGUUCAUCGUCAAGUGAAAGUGAAUCGGAAGAUGAUGACGAGGAAGAGGAAUGUGGUGGUGGUGUUGCUGAUGAUGGUGCAGUAGAGAAUGAAGAGGCAAAUGGAGAAGGUGAAGAUGAAGUGCAUGAUGCAACAAAUUAUAAUCACCACUACUCAGAUAAUGAAAAUAACAUACCACUGCCAGAGAACCUCCCUCCAGAUCUUACACAGGUAAUAAAUAAAUUAAAGGAAGAGGGUCGCUCGUCGAAGGGUUCCAGUCAAAAGUUCUUCACAGAUUCUGUCAACAAAUUACUUUUAAGUAUUGAAAUGCAGCUGAAUAAAAUUGGUGGAAGGAAAAAGACACAGAUAUAUAACCACCUGUCAGAACAUCUUCCUUGUGGAACUCAGACUCUAGUUAAAAGAGCCAAGAAUCUCUUAACUGAGAAACAGGAGAACAGUUUACGAGAGCCACUCAGAAGGUUAAAGGAAGCUGUUGAUGCUCACAUGCCUCCAUUAGUGGAACAACAUGCUUUGGAGUGCCAGAAAGCUGCCGAGUCAAACCCCCAACAGUACUGGGAGCUGUAUUAUCACUUCUGGGGUGAAAAUGGAAUCACACAGAACAAAGAAGAUGGAAAUGAAGAUGGAGAUAAAAAGAAAAACAAAUUACCAAAGAAGAAAUUUAUUUUCACGGAUGUAGUUAGAAAGCUUCUGUGUGAGGUGGUGAGUGUACGAGUCAAAUUUUGGCAAAUGAUGAGAAAACGCUCAGAAACUCCUGAAGAGAAUAUAAGAAGAUUUUUAGAUUCUGAUGUUCGUUCUAUCUGGCCCAAGGGGUGGAUGAAUGUGCACAUCCUGUAUAAGGAAAGCUAUGAAUCACAUGCAGUAAUUACGAACAAAAAGUUUGUGAAACCAAUGACUGCUAAGAAGUAUAUACCUCUGGGAGGUGGCACUGGGUUGUCUGUUUCAAGUAAUAGCAUCCAGCCACCCAAGCCAUCACUGAGUUCUACAGUUACCCCCAAAAAUAUACCCUCUGCUGUGUCAAGCACAUCAAAGGGAGGAGAAGUGGUUAAAAAGAAAAUAGGAACUGGAGAGGGAAAGGAGACUGCAAUAGCAGCAGCAGCAGUAGACAGGACUGUUUCUUCAAGUGGUUGUAUAAGUAUAAAGUCAGUGGAUAAAAUUAAUGAAGGCGCUAAGACAAUAACAGUACUGGAAACAAAUUCUAAAACAGUUAGUAGUGUUGGUAGUGCUGUGAAAGAUAAUUCUACAGAAGAGACGCACACUAAAGCGGUGUCCUCUGUUUCGUCUGUUAGUGUUAUAGACUUGUCUAGCGAUGAAGACAAGUCAAUGACAAGUAAAGUGGCAUCUUCCAAACUAAACCCAGUAUCUUUGUCAAAUACAGUGAAGAAUGAUCACUCUUCAGAAAAGGAUGCGGCACCAGUAGUAUCAAGUACAUCAGUUAUCCAGAGAGUGAAUUCAACAGAAGGCAGGAAAGAUGACAAUUUAGAGGAAGAAAUGAUUCUUGUCAUGAAUGAAAUACUACAAAUUUCCAAGCAGAAGUCUGUUGAUGAUACCUUGGAGAAAAUAACUGUGGAAAACACUAAUCAAUCAUCAUCAGUGAAUUCAACAACUACUAAGCUCCACAGUGUAUCUCAGUGUCAGCCGCAGAGACAGCAUGUUCCUCAUUCAUCGGCCCAUCAAACAAUGCAGCAACAUAGCACCCAGUUACAACCUAAACAACACACUUCACAAAAGCCUUCUAUGGCAGAUCAUUCGAAACAAAGCUCACCUGUACAGCAACUAAAGCACAAACCAGAACACAGCUCACCAACACAACAACAGAAGCACCCUACAGAACACCAUUCACCAGUACAGCAAAAGAUACAUACACCACAUCAUUCACCAGUGGAGAAACAGCGACAGAAUGUACAGCUUGAUUCACCAGUUGAGAAACAGCGACAAAAUGUACAGCAUAAUUCACCAGUUGAAAAACAGCGACAAAAUGUACAGCAUAAUUCACCAGUUCAAAAACAGCAGCAAAACUUAAAACAUAAUUCACCAGUACAACAGAUAACGCAAACAAAACUGCCAAAUUCACCAUUGCAAAAACAAUCACAGUCUCAUUCUUCAACACAGCAGCGUAGCUCAUCACAUCAGUCUAAGCAAUCACAGUCGCAGCUAUCUAUGCAACAAUCAACACAUCAGUCAUUGCAACAGCAACCUUUAAAUUUGCAGCAACCAAGACCACAACCCAUAAAUCUUCAGCAGUCUUCAAAUGUACAGCCACCUAAGUCACAACAUCCACUCAACUUGCAUCUAAACAGUUCUCAGUAUUCCUCCUCAUCACAACAACAAAAGAUACCACAUGACUCCAGUCAUCAUAAGAAACACCCACAACAGUAUUCACACACACAACAUAAACAAGCACAGCCUAAACCUAUAAACAUCAAUGUCUCAUCAUGGAAUAAAAGUGAUAUGUCCAUGAACCCCAAAAAGUCUCCACCUAGUACAAACAAGACUCACUCCUUAUGGGGAUCCAGUCAUGAAGUGUCACCUUCAAGACAGAGACAUGCUGAAGCACCCAUUGUUUCAUCAGCCGAUCCAUUGGCUAACUUGAGGAUGAUGCACGGCCUUAGUGUGAGCAGUAUUACCAAAAAGACAUCGGCAUCUACAUCAGUUUAUCAUAAUCCUACUGCACUAGCCACUUCUUCUAGUGGGAUAUACAGUUCAUCAGGUACAAAGAAGAGCAGUGGAAGUAGUAACAGUACUUCUGUAAAGACUACAAGCAGUGUACUAACUCACAGUGGCUCUGCUGGCAUGGCAACAGCUCCAAGCAAGACUAGUUCAUUAAAUUAUUCAAGCAGUCAGCCCAAGCACUCUGCAUCAUCUCAUUCUUUUACAAUUCCAUCUUCUAAACUUUCUCCAAACCAAGCCAAAACAGUGUUAGUACCCUAUGUUUUGUAUUUGCAGCUUUUGAUUAUUCGUGUGAGUCAGUUGGAGGCCAAAUUGUUAAAUGCAGGAAACCUCUUAGCAGGAAUGGCAGGCAUACCAAACAGUGACAUGCUUAAAUUAAUGUCUCAAAUGGGAAAAUCUGUGGACUCGUACUCAUCAUCUACACAGCCAGGCUCUGGUCAGCACCAUGGGCAGUAG